AUGGCGCAGGUGCGAGCGGACAGCGACGCAAGUGCCGAAGCGACGGCGCCCGAGCCGGACGGACCGGAGGAGCGGCUGCAUGCGAUCUGCGGGCGCGAGUCGGCGCACGGGCUCAAGCUGCUGCUCAAGCGAGCCGCGCUGUUCGCGGCGAACCGGGCGCUCAUCCACGAGGCCCUCGGCGCCGAGCGCCGCCAGACAGUCUUCAUCCCCACCACCGCCACCCGCCUCGCCGAUCCCACUCAUCGCCCCCCCGAGAUCCUGCCCGUCGACCACCCCGCCAUCCCCCUCCCGCCUUCGUUCAUCGCCGCCGCCUCCGCUCUCUUGCGCGGCUUCCAAUGGAUCCCCCUCGCCGGACAACCCUCCCAUCGAUCCGCAUCGCCUCUGGUGCGAGCUGUGCAGGCCUUCUUCGGCGCCCAGGCCGCCGAGCGGCUGGCCGACGAGCUGCCGCGCUGGGAGCAGUACGACGACUUGGUGCUCUUCCCGCCCCACGCGUUCCGGACGGCCGGCUUCGCGGGCCUGGACGCGGCGCGCCGCGCGGCGUUCUUCGCGGCGGUCGCGGCCGAGUUCGGCGUCUCUCGGGUCGCGCGGAAGGGGCUGAUCGAGCGCGCGGACGUCGCCCGGCAUCCCCGGCUCGAGCCGCUCCACGGCGUCUUCCGCCACAGACUCUCACCCGACGGCCGGCCGUGCUCGCUCGCCGACGUCUUCUGGACCGCCACCCGCUUCCCCACCCCCCACGGCCUCCUGCACUACGUGUGGGCACCCAGCGAGACCAUGUACUGUCGCGGGAACAGCCCCGAGAAGCGCAGGAUCGCCGCGCUCGCCAACGUCGCCGGCACGGUCGUCGUCGACAUGUGCUGCGGCAUCGGCUUCUUCGCGUUCGGGUAUCUGCUGGCGGGUGCCGCCCGGGUCGUCGGCUGCGAGAUCUCCCCCUGGGCCGUCGAGGGCUUGCGCCGCGGGGCGGUCCUCAACCGGGUCCCGUACGAGAUCGUGGAUCCCGAGGCGGAGCUCACGCCCGACCUGCUCGACGCCUCCCCCGCCCGUCUGCUCAUCUUCCCAGCAGAGAACGCCCGCGGCCUGCCCCUCUACCGCCACCGCGCCUCCCACGUCAACCUCGGCCUGCUGCCCAGCUCGCUCGACUUCCUGCCCCAGGCCGUCCUCGCCCUCCGGCCCGAAGGAGGCUGGAUACACAUCCAUGCCGAACUCGCCGUCCCCGCCGGCCCCCCCGGAAGGCAACAUGCCGCCGAGCAGUGGGCCCAACAGCCCCGACAACUCGUCCUCCGCCUCGGCCGCCAGUCCGCUAGAGUCGUCGAUAUCCACUGGAUCAAGUCCAUCGGACCCGCCAGGGAACAUAUCGUCGUCGAAUUGGAAGUAGGCCCUUCAAAAACAUCCACAUAG